GUAACGCCUUAGCCUGCCUCUCUCUGGAGAAACGUCAGUAAACAAGACUUGAAUUCCCCGUAUCGUUAGAAAGGCACACGGUAAACCCGUACAUGCGGAGAUGGAGCAUCGGUUACCCCGGGCUCCGGUGCUGUCCCCGCUGGAGGAGUCGAGUGAGGAGGUGAGCCGAGACAGCGGGAUCGUGUCCCAGAGCGCCAGCACCGUGUCCAUGCUGAGCGAAGGCCUGAGCAACGGAAACGUCUCCCAGAGCCCCAGCUUCGGGCUCAACGUCUCGCAGAGCCCCAGCUUCGCCGGGAAUGUGUCCGACAGUCCCGGGUUCGGCGGCAACGAGACUCGGAGCCCCAGUGUGGACGGUGCCGCUGCACAGAGUCCCGUCCGUGAUGAGCAGGAGGACGAGAUCCUGAGACAGACCGCGCUCAGCUACUCCUCUUACAUCCGAGCAGACGCGGGAGAGGAGAUCUUAAGUCUGGAGAAGAGUCUGGAAGAAAUGCUAACCCGAGUGGAUGAGUUUGUGGGGAUGUUGGAUAUGAUUCGGAAUGACACCUCUCAGAUCGUGAACAUUAGCCUGCCUCAAAUUUACAAAAAAUCCGAGGACAUGAGACAGAUCUACAGAAAAAUCGAUAAGCUGGAGGCUUUUGUGAAGAUGGUCGCGACCAACGUGAGUGUCAUGGAGGAUCGAGUAAUCGAGGCUGAAGGCGAAGCCCGGACUCUACCCGGUGCUUUCAAAAAGAUUUUCCGGACAAUGAACGUCUCGGGAUUAUUAAACAAACCAUCCAGCCCCAAACGAGCACCGCAACAGCAGCAGCACCAGGAGAUUCCCUCUGUGUUCAGGACUGACGAUUUCUUCCCCACUCAGCCAGAACCGUGAUUAACACACCGUAGCGUCAAUCUCACGCCAAAGGUCCGAGCUGCAGGUUGCAGCGAGAGGGCCACUCGCCUCCGACAGCAAUAUCAGAGCGGUACUCGAGAACGCCAACACAGCCGAGCACUAUUUUAGCACACCGGUAGAUGGCAGCUAGUUUUAUAACAAAGUUUUUUUGUUUUUUCGUUGUUGUUGUUUUUAAAGGACUUUUGUUGAAAGUGCCUCUCCUGGAAACAUCGCGGUUUCACUCACAAGGACGCAGCAAACAGGCAUGCGUCGAUAUCAGAUAUUCAUAUCACUCUAUAAACACAUAUCAUCAUGGCAGAUUACUGGUUUACGUUAAUGUGCUCUUUAUGUUACCAUAGUAACAACUUACACAAGAACUCUAUAACUGUACAGAAUAAAACUCUACCUUCAAACUCAAGCACACUGAAUUGUCUCAACUCUGCCCAUGCGAGUAGGAGGGGUCGGAUCAGAUCUGGCUCCACCCACCACAUGGUUAACAUUUUACUGCGAAUUACAGAAAAGUUUAAUCAAUGUAGCAAGAAACCGUAAAAAAAAAAUCAUAUGCAACAUGUCUAAACUGUAAAGAAUGAAAUCCGAUACAAACUUGGCGAAUAUUUAACUUUAGUUUCCUUAUAGAUAAAAAAGGGGUUAAGUCACAUCAACCCGAGUGUUCAUACUUUAUUUGUAUUUCGAGUUAAAUAUCUCUAUACACAGUAUUACACAGCUGAUCAUCAACACAUGCCUACUAGCCAAUGCCAGAAAGACGUUCUGAGGUUUUUUAAAUUGUCAAUUUUUAUAGUGUUCCUUUGAUCUUGGUCCUUUAUUUAUUUUUUUGCCAGGAUUUUUUUUUCCUCUUUCCUCUUUGCACUAACAUAACUAAUAUCACGGUAGCUUGAACAAGCUUAAUUUCAAGUUCGCGUUUGUUGUAAUUUGAUACGACGCCAUGGCUGAGUGUGCUUCUUGUUCAUCAUAUUGUAAAGUUCCACUUUCUCUUCUUCAGGCCACAGGACAAGAAAUCUGUGGUUGUUUUUUAUGCAUAUACUUAUCCUUAUGAUUAUCAGUAAGCUUGACUGUUAAUUUAGCUAAUUUAACGAAUCAAUUUGUAAGGAAUGUACAUUUAAUUUAUAAUAAAACAAAAAGAAAAUAUUAUUGUAAAAAGGACA